CACGUACCAAACAAACGUCGCUUUCCGUCUCCGCGCAUUGAGUUUUAAAGGCACCAUGGCAAAUGUGGACAUAUCUAACAAUCCGGAGCGUCAUGUUGCACGGAGAACCUUUCCCCUUCUCGCCCGGACAAGGGUUUGUCGCAACCUUUUCGGACCCGUAGACCACGAGGAACUGCACUGUGAAAUGAAACUCAAACUGCAGGAGAUCUCCGAGCGAGACCAGAGCCGGUGGAAUUUUAACUUUGAGACCAACUCGCCAUUGCCUGGAGAUUACGAAUGGGAAGCGAUAUCACAGGACAGUUUGCCAUCUUUCUAUAAGGAUACAAUGCAGAAUAAGAGAGCGCGAGACGCGGCGCCUGAGCAUGCAACAGAAGAUGCAUCCGUCGUUGACUGGGGAUCUCACUCGAUAUCGGAUAGCGGUUCGGUUCAAGAAUCUGCAGACAUGCCGAGUCGAUCCAACGAGCUGAACCAGGAGAAUCACUCCGGUGCUCUCAACUCAAGACCUGCUCGCUCUGUAGUCGUAAGAAAUAGACGAAAAAGAACAUUCACCCCAGAGUCCUCCAGAAACAGCACACCUCAAAUUACAGACUUCUUCCCGAAGAGAAAAAGGACUCUGGAGUCCAAGCAGGAUGAACGCACAUCCACCAACCUUGAAGUAACGCCACGUAAAACUAUAAGAUGAUGUUUGCACUCCAGUGAAUAUAUACAGCAGUCCUCGUGAGUUUAUCUGCAGAGCGGAUGAAAGGAAACAUUUAAGUGGACGAAACUUGAACUCAGAUGCAUGUAGCAAUACGAGAUUUGUUGAAGUGUUACAAUAUCCAAACGGUGCAAUUUUAUAUUUAUUUUGUUUUGUGUAGAGGGCUAGGCCACACAGCUCUAAAUAGACUAGAAUAUUUUCUUCUUUGAAAUAUUCUACUAAUUUAUUUUAUUUAUGUUUCAUUGAUAGUUUGUUACACUUUAUUAUUUACAGCUAUUGUUAUUGAUUUGUAUUAUUUCGGCCAUAUUUUAUGUUGUGUUUUAAUUGCAGCAUCAUGUAAAGAAUAUUUUUGAGGCGUUUCGAAAAUAUAUUCUGUA